AUGGCCCGUUAUGGCGCACUGGGCGCCACCUUUCAAAUUGCCCGAGUCUUCGAGGCCUGCUCCCUGAUUGCUAUCAUCGGCAUGACCGCCAAGUUCAUCUCCUCGAUCGUAAAUAACAACGCAACGCCACCGAACGUGCUAAUCGGCACCAUCAGCGUGACCUGCAUCGCAGUCAUGUACUGCCUCAUCACCGCAAUCCUCUUCCUCGACGACAUCCUACCGUUCCUAGCCUGCGCCGCCAUGGACCUGCUGGUGCUGGUGGCCCUGAUCGUGGUUGCUGUUGUCGUCGGCAAGCCCCUCUCCUACCUCAAGUGCUCGGCGCUGGCCGAGCUGGGGUACAAGGACUCGACGGCGUAUGCGCUGUCGUCGCAUCUGUCGAGCUAUUUGGCGACGCUGAGUGGCAAGAUCGAUUAUACGUCGUGGAUCGGGGCGUCGAAACCUAUUUGUUUAGAGACGAAAGCGAUUUGGGGUCUGAGUAUUGCAUUGUGUAUCCUGUUCUUCUUCUCAGCUCUCUGUAGUGUCUGUCUGUGGCGCCAGAAGAAGGCCAAUGCCAAUGCGAAGAGCACAGAGUAG